AUGGCAGCUUGUAACCAUUGUGGGAGGAAAUUAGGGGGAGAGAGUAGUAAUGGGACUAAACAUUUGCUUGCUCAUGUGAAAAGAUGCCCAGUAAUAAAGGAACAACUUGCCAUGAAUCCUAAUCCUAAUGCAAGUCCUUCAGUCACAACUUACAAUUUUGAUCCUGAACUAGGGAGAAAAAAGAAUACAAUUAGGUCUGAUAUUUUGAAAAUGUACAAGGUUGAGAAGGAGAAAUGUAGCCAAAUUUUGGAGAAGAAUAGAAGUAGAAUAGCUAUAACCACUGAUAUGUGGACUGCCAAUCAUCAAAAGAGGGGAUAUAUGACUGUGACAGCUCAUUUCAUAGAUGACUCUUGGAAGUUGCAUAGUAGGAUUAUAAGUUUUAAGUAUGUACCAUGCCCACAUGAUGCUGUAACACUUACUGAUACAUUGAGUUCGUGUUUGUCUGAAUGGAAUAUUGAAGACAAGAUUAGUACAGUGACUGUGGAUAAUUGUACAACUAACGAUCCAAUGAUUCCACUUUUGAAGGAAAAAUUUAAUUCUAACUGUUUCAUUUUAAAAGGAAAGUUACUUCACAUGUGUUGUUGUGCACAUAUUUUGAAUCUUAUUGUCAAGGAUGGCUUGUCUGUUAUUGGUGAUAGCAUUGACAAGAUUCGAGACAGUGUUGCUUAUUGGUCGGGCACACCAAAGAGGUAUGAGAAAUUUGAGGACACUACUCGUUCUCUUGAAGUGACAUGUACUAAAAAGUUAUCACUUGAUUGUCAAACAAGGUGGAAUUCAACAUACUUAAUGCUCAACAUAGCUUUAUUGUACAAUAGAGUAUUUGAACAAUUAAAACUACGUGAUUCAAGAUAUGUUAGAUAUGCGCCAUCAGAAGAUGAUUGGAUUAGAGAUCAAAAAUUGUGUGACAAGUUGGAAGUGUUUCAUGAGGUGACAGAGUUGUUUUUAGGAACCAAGUAUUCUACAGCUAAUCUUUUUUUCCCAAAGAUGUGUCAAAUUAAAAUGAGAAUUAAAGCAUGCAUGACACUAGAUGAGCCCUUUAUUAGGGACAUGGCAACUCAAAUGAUGUCUAAGUUUCAAAAGUAUUGGGAAGAGAUUCAUGGGCUUAUGAAUGUGGCUGUUGUUUUGGAUCCAAGGUAUAAGUUUAUGUUGAUCGAAUAUUAUUUUCCUACCAUUUAUGGAAAUGAUCAAUAUGAGAUUGAAAUUGAGAAGGUCUGCAAGCUUUGUUAUGAGCUACUAGAAGAGUACAGUUCUAAGUUUCCUACUCUUCGAGAAAGAAGUCAGCAAAUGGAUAGUGUAUCAGCAUCUUCUCAAACACAAAUAGAUGAUCUAUCUAACUUUGACACAUAUGUUAUAGUUGCAUAUGGUGUAGAGAAUGUGAAGUCAGAUUUAGAACUCUAUUUGGAAGAGAAAUUGAUACCUAGGACUGAUGAGUUCUUUGAUAUAUGCAAUUAUUGA